UGUACGCGUUUGUACUGUAACAUGUAAACAAGCCAACCGGCGGCUGUACGCUGUGCUAGCGAGCUAGAAAGCUAUUGUCCCACUCGUAGUCAUACAUGUACUGCGAAGAGCUCUAUUUUUGUCUGUAUUUACAGUGUGAAUGAAGGUGAAGGCGUGAAAUACUUCAAGAAGGGAUUCCACAAGUUCAAAGCAAAAUCCUGUCAGUAUCAACAUCAUGGCUCUCCGAGCUUUAUGGGUAAUACCGCUACCAGGCAAUGGACCUCCGUCAGUUCUAUUUUCAAGAAAAUACCCCACUGUGGAGAAAAGGGCCAAGAUCUAUGGAGAAGGAGGUGAGGGGAGUGACUAUGUGAAGAUACCUAAUGAAACAGAAAUCUACAAAGCUGUUCUUGAUGAGCUAGGAUUACAGCAUCCACCAGACAAGUUUAUAGACUCACGAGAUAGCUGUGACAAGGUAUAUCAGAAGCCUAUCUUUGAGCUCACUGUCAAGGAAGGGAAGCUAUGGCCUGUUAUUAUGAUAGAAAAGUUUGGAGUGUUAUACAGCUGCCUGCCAGUGGUUGAAUCAGCAUCAUCAUCCAGACCACCUCUCAUCGAUAUUCCUGGUGUCUCUAUGGGAUUCUCUCUCCUUUUCCAAAUGGCAGAAGUAGUGGGGGCUCUACCACGAAAUGUGAAUGAGAUGCAUCCUAAACUCCAGGAGCUGUACUGCUACCUGUCACAAGCGGCCCCUUUUGGUUCUGUCAUUGAUUCGAAUCCUACCACAAUAAAAGCAUCCAUUACUGGUCGCAUCCACACACAGUCGAUUUCGGCACACACAAAGCAACCUGCAUGGCGUCCUGUGGUUCCCAAAACCAAACCUCAGCUUCACUUUGCCACAACAGAGCAGAUACGUGCAGUGCUGUACAACAGGCCAGAUGUUGAUGAUGUCUACCAACUUUAUGGAACUGUUACUUGCAAGGCUGACUUAGAAGGUGCAAUGCCAGAGGUAACCGUGAAUUUGGCUGUUCCGCCAGACAUACCCCCGCUGGAGAACCUCAUCAUACACCCCUGUGUAGCAGCAACAGAUCCCCUGAAUCUACAACCAGGCGAGGUGACUUCUGUAGUACGAAAGUUUCAUUUCAACCCUCCCAGCGAAAUGUUCAUCCUUUGCCACUACACUGCAUCAGCUCCCUCAGCUGACCAAAGUAGUACAGUCACAUCUCCUAGCAGACCCCCAUCAGUAACCAUGGCGAGAUCUGCCACACCCACCUCUGUUUCAAGGUCAACAAACUAUUCAUCGGGACUGGAGACCCCAACAAGAGGGUCGAUGACCCAUCGAGGGGUAAUAACGCCCUCUUCAGAGAGGUCAUCCUCCCCGACCCCAUCCCAGCUGUCCUUCCAAGCUCUAGCCACACCCUCCGAGUUGCCAAUCAAAGCUGCUUAUGAGAUGACGGGGGAUGAGAGGCAGGUGCAAGUCAAACUCAGGCUCAAGCUCAGUGGAAGUGUGAAGAACUCCUUUGAAUACUUUGAAGUUCAGAUUCCUUUUUUUAAUAGAGGUGUGGUGGUAGGAGUAGAUGUGAAUCCAAGUAUAGGCAGUGUGGUCCUGUCACAGGACAGGCACAGACUAGGCUGGAACAUAGGCCAGAAGCUUCCUUCAAGGAAUCUUGAAGCUAGCCUUCAGGCAAACGUUCAGUUUGGACCUCAAGAGAAAGAUGACAACAAGGAUUCCUUUUGUGUUGGACUCAAUACUUAUGCCUCUGUAAGUAAUGAUGGUUAUCUCCUCAAAUUUUUGGUUGUUCUGAUGGUUAUCUGAUUGAUCUCAUCACAUUUGAUAGCUGAUAUCAAGACGAGUUGAGCCUGCCUGCCUUAUGAAACUGUCAAGGUUGAAUAAGAUACUUGUAGAUGCACACAGGCUGAUAGGGGCUACAGUAAUACAUUGUAUAAUGAAGGAAUGAAAGCAGACAUCAU